AUGCGUAGCGCAAAGUUACAAGCUGCGUUGGUGAAGCGUCGUGAAGCUGAACAAAUAAAGUAUCAAAAAUCGGCCGCCGUAGAACGAUAUUAUGAUCAGUGGGGACGCAUAACAAGUCGCUACGAAUCAUGGACAACGCCGCAGUACUACCGGGAAGCGGAACAAGCGCUCAGAAAGCGGGAGGAUGAAAAGAAGAAACAAGAAGCACUGGAAUCCAAGCGCAACCGGCUGAAAGACUUACUGAAGAAGGAAAAUGAACAGUUGCAAAAGGAGAUGGAAAAUGUAUCCCGACCAAAACCAAAAGCCGUGUCAACCGAAAUCUUGGAAGGGAUCCGAUCGCGACUACACAGCGCGGAAGAGGCCAAAAAGCGCAUCGAUCUCGAGGCAAAUUUGUACAGCAAGUGGCGCCUGGGCUUCGAUAAGGACGCAAUCAUCAUGGACUCCAAAACGACCCAUCAAGCCAUGGCUAAGCUGAAUUGGAUCGAUCGUCAGGUGGAGCUACAGCUGCAGGACGACAAGGAUCGUCGCGAGCAGCAGGAGCGUGAACUGAAGCUGUGCGAAGAAGCCCGUCGGCGUGAGGAGCUUUUGCUGGAAAAGAAUCGAAUGCGUGAGCAGGAAUUAAAAGAGCUUCGCAGCAUGCAGGAAGUGCACAUGGCCGAACUGAAAUCCCGCGAACAGGAAGCUAACGAGCUGAAGAUGUACGAGGUGCGAUUGAAGACGAAGAAGGAAGAGAUGGCUACGGAGCUAGAGCAGCUGCGCGUCUACAACGAUCUUCGGCGCGAUCGUGUAGUUGCGAUGCAUAACUUGAGGCGCAUUAAAAUGCUACUCCGCGAACGUUCCGAGGCGGUGCGCAAUGACCUGCAGCAUGACAUACAGCUACUGCAGCGGAUCAGCAUCGAUAAUCCCGUGUCGUCGGAUAGCGCCGAAGGUAUCGAAUAUCUGCGUCGAAAGUUUCAGCUCCAGCACGAUCUCGAGAUGGAGCAACAGAUGACCAUUGAAAAUAUGUACGAAUCGGAGGCAAAACAUAACCUGUCGAAAUGUGAAGACAAAUGGAACAGUGAAGCGAUCAUACGAGAGCAGCAGUUGCGCUGCCUGCUGGAGGAUCGGUUAAUGGACUUUGAGACGAAACUGGUCGAGUGUGCGCAAAGGCAACGGGAACUCAUCGAGGUCCGUGAGCAGCAUAUCAAAGCCAUCGAAGGAGCCAAUCAAAGACUGAAGGAGCUGAUGUCGGAUAAGUCGCGGGAUGAGUUCGUUACCUCGUCGAACAAUAGCCAGUUGCGGGAUCUGCUUGUGGAGCGUGAUGGUGGUGGUGGUGGUGGAGGUGACAGUGGGAAACAGAUCCAGAAGCGACCCUCAACACAGAGCUCGCAACGCAGUAGUACAUUCAGUAGCAUUUUCCCAUUUGAUGACCAUUUUAGCGGGUACAAGCUUACUGAAAAUCGGUCCUAUACUGGGAGAGACAGUGAGGCACCUGCCGAAGGACUGAGCGCACCCCGAUUUGGGAAGAAAAAAGUGGCCUGGUGCUAG